GGGAACUGCUGGCUGCGCCAGGCCCGGAACGGCCGCUGCCAGGUGCUGUACAAGACGGAGCUGAGCAAGGAGGAGUGCUGCGGCACCGGCCGCCUCAGCACCUCGUGGACCGAGGAGGACGUCAACGACAACACGCUCUUCAAGUGGAUGAUUUUCAACGGGGGCGCCCCCAACUGCAUCCCCUGCAAAGAAACGUGCGAGAACGUGGACUGUGGACCCGGGAAGAAAUGCCGCAUGAACAAGAAGAACAAACCCCGCUGCGUCUGCGCCCCGGACUGCUCCAACGUCACCUGGAAAGGCCCGGUCUGUGGCCUGGAUGGCAAAACCUACCGCAACGAGUGUGCACUCCUCAAGGCCAGGUGCAAGGAGCAGCCGGAACUGGAGGUCCAGUACCAGGGCAAAUGCAAAAAGACCUGCCGGGAUGUCUUCUGUCCAGGAAGCUCCACGUGUGUGGUGGACCAGACCAAUAACGCCUACUGUGUGACCUGUAACCGGGUCUGCCCGGAGCCCACCUCCUCGGAACAGUACCUGUGUGGCAACGACGGGGUGACCUACUCCAGCGCCUGUCACCUGCGGAAGGCUACCUGCCUCCUGGGCAGGUCCAUCGGACUGGCCUACGAGGGAAAGUGUAUCAAAGCAAAGUCCUGUGAGGACAUCCCCUGCAGUGCUGGGAAGAAGUGUCUAUGGGACUUCAAGGUUGGCCGAGGCCGGUGCUCCCUGUGCGACGAGCUGUGCCCGGAGAGCAAGUCCGAGGAGCCCGUCUGUGCCAGCGACAACGCCACCUACGCCAGCGAGUGCGCCAUGAAGGAGGCGGCCUGCUCCGCGGGCGUGCUGCUGGAAGUGAAGCACUCCGGAUCUUGCAACUCCAUUUCGGAAGACACUGAGGAAGAGGAGGAAGACGAAGAUCAGGACUACAGCUUCCCCAUAUCUUCCAUUCUAGAGUGGUAAAGCCGCCAGCCGUGUUCAGGUUGGCCUAGCCUCCGGGCAGAAAACAAAAAGGAAAGAAAGAAAGAAUAUAUAUUGUCCAUACUGUACAUAAGUGUAUGCUUAUUUAUUUGGGGGGACAGUAUCCACAGAGGACCUUGGUCCUCCAGCUCUCUCCCAGGCCACCUGUCACUCCUCGGACCCAGAGGGGCCGCCUUGUGAGGUCUGCUGGAUGAGGCCCGUCGUCGAGACGUGUAGACAUUUAUUUAUACUGUGUCAUGUUUUAUAAUUUAUACAUAAAAUGUCUGGUUGACUGUACACCUUGUUUUUGAAGAAAUUUAUUCGUGAAA